CCCCCGGGGCGCUCGCCCCGGGCCAUGCCUGGCCGCGGCGCUCGCGGCGACCCUUGCGGUAUGCGGCUGCCUUUGGCAGGGGCACAUGAAGGAUUUCAUUGAGUGUGAAGACAGAGAGCAGAGACAGAAAGCAGAAGGAGGCGGCUGCAGCCUUUGUAGUCGGGGAGGAAUGCGGAAAUGUUGAAGCACUAUGUCAAACUUUUUUGAAACGGGGUCAAGUCACAUUCAGCCAGCGUGGGAAAGCAAGGGAAAAAAAAAAGUUGAGGAGAGGGGGGGAAAAAAAAAAAAAAAAAGGCAGCAAGCUGCUGCUGCUCCCAGGCAGAACAGAGGCCGGGGGAGCGAGCGAGGAGCGGCAGCGCAGCGCCGGGGCAGCCGCGGAGCGGCGGCGGCGCCGAGGGCCGGUGCCCGAGCCCCGCACCGCAGGCUGCGGCCGGCGGGGCUGCGAUCGUGGCGCUACAGCUCCCCGGGGGCCGCCGGCCGCGAUUUUUAUUUCGCGUUUUCCUUUUCCCCGGGCAGGGUGGGGGCGGGAGGAGCGGGCUGGGGGCCGAGUGCGAGCUCCUUCUGCGCCAAGGUGCAGCCCGGCGGCGGCAGGAGGAUGCGAGCCGAGGGCGGCCGAGCCGCGGAUCAGCUACCUGUGUGGCCCGGGCGGCCGCUGCCGGGACCUGCCGGAGACAUCGCCAUGUGAAGGGGCAGACCCCGGGCCGGCUCUCCACCCCGCCUCGCUCAAUGGGAGAUUUGUUUGGCUUUACACAGGCAAUGCUCCCAAAGACUGUAUGAUAAUUCCUGGUGGCCGAAAGAGGAGGCACGUUCUGGCCAGUACAGAAAAGGAACAAGAACAGGAGGGCAAGAGCUUGCUACUGCCUCUCUGGCAGAGGUACCAAGUGCCUGUCUGCACCCAAGCAAAGUUUUCAGAAAGUGAGUGAGACCAAGAGCCACCUUGGGGCACUUGGAGAGGGGAAGAGGACUGGUGCCGACAUGGAUAAGGACAGCACAAACCUGGCUGACCAGCAGUAUGAAUGUGUGGCUGAGAUUGGGGAAGGAGCCUACGGGAAGGUGUUCAAAGCCCGAGACUUGAAGAACGGAGGUCGCUUUGUGGCGCUGAAGCGGGUGCGGGUGCAGACCAGCGAGGAGGGGAUGCCGCUGUCCACUAUCCGAGAGGUGGCAGUUUUGAGGCACCUGGAGACCUUCGAACACCCCAACGUGGUCAGAUUGUUUGAUGUGUGCACCGUGUCACGAACAGACAGAGAGACAAAGUUAACAUUAGUGUUUGAACAUGUGGAUCAAGACUUGACUACUUACUUGGAUAAAGUUCCAGAGCCUGGAGUGCCUACUGAAACUAUAAAGGAUAUGAUGCUUCAGCUGUUUCGGGGACUGGAUUUUCUGCAUUCGCAUCGUGUGGUGCAUCGGGAUCUGAAACCCCAAAAUAUCCUUGUAACCAGCAACGGGCAGAUAAAACUGGCUGACUUUGGCCUUGCACGAAUCUACAGUUUUCAGAUGGCUCUUACCUCAGUGGUUGUUACUUUGUGGUAUAGAGCUCCUGAAGUCUUGCUUCAGUCCAGUUAUGCAACAGCAGUUGAUCUUUGGAGUGUUGGCUGCAUAUUUGCAGAAAUGUUCCGUCGAAAACCACUCUUCCGUGGAAAUUCAGAUGUUGAUCAACUAGGAAAAAUCUUUGAUGUAAUUGGGCUCCCAGAAGAAGAGGACUGGCCUAAUGACGUUGCCCUUCCAAGAAAUGCUUUUACUUCCAGACCCGCACAACCUAUUGAAAAAUUUGUACCAGAUAUCGAUGAAUUAGGCAAAGACUUGCUUCUUAAAUGCUUAGCAUUCAACCCAGCCAAGAGAAUAUCUGCAUAUGUUGCCCUCUCUCACCCAUAUUUCCAUGAUCUGGAGAAAUUCAAGGAGAAUCUGGACUGUCACGUGUCAUCCAGCCAAAACUCCAGUGAGGUGAAUGCAUCAUAAGUGCUGACUGAAGAUGAACCAUAAAUGAACAAGACAUGUAGCUGACAAGGCCACUGUCCCUUCAAACCACGUAGCUGUCCUAGUGAGAUCAUUAUUUGGAGGUUUUAUGCACUUAUCUUUUAUUUUGGGAUUGUGAUGUGCUUAUCCAUGGAAAUGAAUCUAGUUUACUUUUAUCAGAUCAAUGCAAGGGCCAGGGCUUUGACCUGCUCCUGUUGCAGCUUUAUGUUUGUUUUGUUUUUGUUUUGUUUAUCUACCUGGGAAAACUCCAGACGAAGAGAAGCUGCUGACCGGUUUUGCUGCCAUUUUAUCCUUCUAAUAUUGAAUGCUGCCAGUGUUUGAUGAUCGAGUCACUGCCAAAAUAUGAUGCAAUCUCUCUCUCUCUCUAGCUGCUGAAGCAUGAUUUGGUACUUUAUUAUUAUUAUUCUGUGACAUUUAAAGGAUGGCAUUGAAAUACCAGAUCUCUGCAGCCUACAGUUAACUGAUACAUGUGCUAACACAUCCAGCUACUGUUCAUUCAUAACAUAAAUGCAGGUGCUUCCCCACUUGAAAACUUGGAUGAAUUAAUUUAUCAUUUUGUUGCUCUAUAAAAAUUUUAACAGUGAUGAUGAUGAUCAUAAUAAACGUCUCAGCUUUUAGGUUUUUUCAUACACAAACUAGUUAUUACCUAGCUGUGUGUGCAUGUUUCAAAGAACUGUCCUGUUACUGUUUCAAUUCCCAAAUGGUCUUUCUGUGUGUUUAAAUGCAGACACAUUCUAGUCCAUCGUCUAACCCAUUAUUCCCUUCUGGAAACAGCUGCAAGCAUAUUUUCUUCAUCUCAUUCCAAAUAAUUUUCUGAUAUCCAGCUCAAAGACAUGAGCAGAGCCAAUGAAAAUCAAUACAGAUUUUCACCUUCAACCUGUUCUCAUUGUUGGCCAAAAGCAAAAACAGAAAAAAUAUUUGUGGUUCAGAAGCAGAGAAUCCUAUACCUGUAAUAAGCACGGAGAAGUAUUUGUGCUGCAUUGUACUCUAUACUGUGCUGCCUUACCUGCAACACCCCCCAAUGCAUCACAGGUGCAUAACAUUAAUGCUCAAAAUCCCUCAUAUGUUGCUUACUAAGCAGGCUUGUAUUCUGUGCAGAAAUGCAUGACUUUCUCUCCUAAACCACCAUGUGGGGAUACCAGCACAUGCCUCUCCACUAAGGUUAAUGUGCCGUUUUUGAAUGUCAAAAGAACCAAGCAAUUUAAUUGUCUUUAUAGCACAGUUAUUUUAAAUAUUACCUGAAAUUUUUAUAUUUAGUAUUUUUACCUUAACUAAAAUAUAUUUUCAGUAUUUUGAAAAGAAACUUUUAUUUUUUUAAUACUGUACUGGGAAAAAAGAAAUAUUUUAAAUCCAUCAAAGCUGUUCCCUAGCAUGACUUCAGUGCAUUUACCUGAACAUGACUUGGGGGAAAAUGUUGGUCCAAUGAGUACAACUGAUGUUAAGUGAGGCAGCCAGCUUUGCUUACUCCUGUGACAGUCCCUUAGGCUUCUCUCUUCCUCAUCUCUAUUUCAUCUUGUCUAGGUGGUGAGCCAGCAUUAAAUCCUCAUCCAUGGCAUGCUUGGCAGAAGCAGGUCCUUAGCAGUGAGUUGGGCAAUAUAACUGUUCCAGUUGUGACAGGGGAACUUGUAGCCAUUCUACAGGCAGGUCUCUCGCUCCUGUGGUGAACUUCACUGUUAACUCCAUUUCAGGUAUCUGCACUGUCUGGGUCAUGUCCACUGCUAGGAUAGUAAGUGGAUCUUAUCUGUGUCCUGCAUAAGCUUUUUGUUACUGUUAGACAUUUAAGUUUGUGAUAUAUGGUUAAAUUAGGUCUGCUUUAAACAAGCCAGAAUUUAAAAGGACCACUUGCAUGCUUGCAUGCAGUGUCCUGUGCUUUUCUUUAAGCCAGAAUGAGCCUAUGCAAAACUUAACCAGCAUGAACAGGCAAGUUGCAAAUUAGGCCUGGCAAGAGCAGGCACAAAGCAUCUGCACACAGAGAUAUCACAGAUCCGUAAUACCAGAAUUUUGGAAGCUCUGUGAGCAGGAAGCUGAAGGCCAUGGAGCUGUCACAGCAGCAAACCUAAUCCUGGCUUUGCCUUUGUGAUUCUCUUUGUUCCUACACCCAGGGAACUGCAGAUCCACUGCACUGGUGUUGUCCCAACCCUAUUCCUUGUAUGGGUUAGUGGACCCAAGUGUGAAUAAUUUUUAACAUUCACAGAGAAGGAUGGGCCAGAGUGAAAUUUAUUGGUAAAAAUUUUUAAACACUAAGUAGAACAACAAACAGAGCCAAAAGUCAGGAUACUCUUCCAACAGUAGCAAUUAGAAAAGUUUUUUAGGGAGUUUCGCACUUUCAAACACAUUCCACAUUUUACCUAGCGUGGAGCUGUCUAUCAUAUGUACCUUAUCAGGGCAUUCAGCUGGUGUGGCUUCCCAGCAACUGCUCAGGGAACUGUCCCAGAGCUCUCCACCAACUAAUAUAGGGUGAAAAUGUAGAGGAGGAGAUGAUAUUUUCUAAAUCAGGCUUAAAACUCUCAGAUAGAAAUGUGCAUCUGUUCCAUGUCAGAAUCUGUUCUAUUAAGCUUAGCAAAGCUAAAGAAUAGAGAAUAUGGUUGCUGAAUGUAGAUACAUUAUUAGGGUAAAAACAGUAAAGGAGGGGAGAGAAUAAGCCAAAGGUUAGUGUUGGCCCAAAAACUAAUGAGAAUGUGGAAAUCAUCAAGAAUUGAACUACUGGAGCUGUAUUUCCCAAUCAUAGUAUCAAAGAGCUAAGCAAGCAGCAGAGAAAAAUAGGGGCUGGCUUAUGGAGUCAGAAGCAGAGCCCUCUGCAACAUGGUGCUGUAUGUUGUCUAAUAUAGUAGGAUCAGGUUAUAAAUGAGAGUAUUCAGGAGAACAGUUUGCAAAGGGCUGCAUUAAUGGUCACAUUCUGGAACAUCUUCUCAGUGGAAAUGGCAGGAACAAAACCAAGAAAUCUAAGAAUCUUGGCACGGUUAGAGAAAAUAUUUCUCUAAUGGGGUCCUUGUGGUAGCAAGGGCCUGCAUUUAAAGGACCAACAAUUUUUCAAAUUACCUCCUUUUCCAGAUCUCAUGAGGAAGAAAUUCCAUUUGACAUGCCAUAGGCUUAAUCAUAUUCCAGUCUUCCCUGCCAAACCAUGUGGGGCUUCACCUACACUAGUAAACUGAGAAAGCUUGUUCUCUGGCUGGGCAAAGCACUGUCAUUGGCUAAUACCAUGCCAGGAAUCAUAUUUAUAAUUAGACAGCACAGACAGCUGUGGGACUGUGCUCAAACCCAUGCCCUUGCUCUUCUUAUAUUACUGGUAUAGCUCUAAUAUUUUAGUACCUUUACUCAUUACUGCCGUACAUGUAGGAUGUAGGACUUGUGUAAGUGAAAAAGAAAGUGCUGUGAUGAAAAUUCUUUGUACAACUCUAAAGAAGACUUCAGAGUGCAAUUCUUCUUAGUGAUAUCUAAGCCUGUAUGUGUUCUCUUCUACAGGAGUGGUUCAACAGCAGCUAAAAAAUGCUGAAUAACAAAAGAUAUAUUAAGUACAGCUCCUAGAACACCCACAGCCAGGCACUGUACUCUUCUUAGCAAAGAACAGAGUGUUCUAAGUAAUGAAGGGAGAAAUUUCUAUCUCCCACCAACCUUUUUUUUUUUUUUAACCACUACUACAUAAUUCUGCAGAAAAAGCAGACCCAAUAGCCAAGGAAAAAAGUCACCACAGCCAGCUAGUGAAGUGCUAAUUGCUGAACCAUAGCAAUCCAUCUGGUGCAGCCCUUUCCUUUUCCCCUGUCCAUGCUCACAGCAGCCUUCCCCUUCAUCUCCCUCAGCUCCCUUAUGUAAACAGGUUUCAGUGAUGCUCACAGGUGCUAUUUCCAGCAAGAUUCUUUCAAAUUUACUAGCUACACAGUGUCAAUGUCCCCUCCAUUCCUAUUACUAAUGUUGCUUCUUUUAGUCCCACAGCCUAAACCAGCGGUGAGACAAGAACUGUGCACACCUCCUUGCUUAGCCUUAGUUUUGUGUACCCCUGUGUUGCCAUCUGUGUGGCUAGUAAAAUUCUAAAAAUAGGAUUUGUGCAUCUUUCUGUGUAGGCUGUGCCUACACUCUAAGUUUCUUUCAGCCUAUUAGUUCACAAUGAUCAAUAAUAGAGCAUCUUUUCCUGUUGCUUCUGUCCUAAAACACACCAAAAAAUUAUUGGUUUUCAUUGUUGUGUUUGCAAAAAAAAAAAAGAAAUUUAGGGCUAUAUUCCUUUUGAUGAAAGGAAUCAUUAAAUUGCAGCAUUUGACCAUCAUCUGCAUAGGGGAGGGUUUCCAGCAUGGUAACUCUUAUUUGUUUUUAUACUCAGUGGUUAUUCUGGUGAAUAAGAAGAAAAUAUUGUGCCUUGCUGCUUUUCACAGGCUUGCUCACUGUCUUUGAGAAGCAUUUUUUAUUGUACAAAUAAUUCUUUCUGCUGUUAGGUAUUAGACCAACUUUAAUAUGGACAACAAAGAGAAAACAUGCUGUUUUGGUCUCUUAGCCAGCAAACUCGGAGCACUUACCUGACUCACAACUGAAAACACAUCAGUUGUCAAAUACAUACAUGAAUCAGAAACCACACAGUUUGGUGUAAAAGGCCACAUUAAUUAAUUAUGUUCCAUGUAUAAGACACAUUUGAAUAAUGAGGAAGUUUAUUCUAAGAACUCUGUUUUGUAGAACCACUUGGCUAGUAUUUUUCAUAUACAGUAGGUUUGGGAAUAGAUUGACUUUUAUAUACAAUGUGAAUUAGAAGUUACUAGGCUAUUUGAGUGAUUUUACUGUUUUAUGCUUGAAGCUUGAAUUGAUUGCAAGCUUAGGAACCUAACAUAUUUAUUUUAUUGCUUCAAAACUGCUUCUGAAUAUCAAGAUCUUCUGUGAUGUAACAGAAUUUCACACUUUUUUUAAUGUGUAAAUUAUUUUCUUGAAACUAGUAUGUUAGAAAAAGCAUUUUUCCAAACUGCAGUAGUGGAAGGAAAAUUUAAGAAAUAUAUUUUUACUUUCACAGAGAGGUGAACUCUUCAAUAACUGACUAUCAAUAAGCUAUACUUUUACUUCCUUUUGAUUCGUAAGCCUUGAGUAUACAGGUUACUUUCAAUGAAGAAAAAAGUCAGAAACAAUCUCUAGAAAAUUAAACGGGAUUUUAUAUGUUUAAGCUUCCAAGUUUUAUUUUCAUAUCCAUUUUUUUGUGCAAGUACAGUUCAGAUGUACAAAAACAUGACUACAAUUUUAACAGUCUAACAGGCUGUACGACUCAAAUGGAGGUUUUAUUUGUGAGCUGUUUUACUAUCUAUCUGCAUCUUGCAAAUUAUUAGAUAAUGGCUGUAAUAUAAUUCUGGUUUCUGGACUAGACUCUGUAACCAUGAACUCUCAAUAAUUUGUGUAAAACAGAAGUUUUCUCAUUGAUUUUAAUUAACUAGGACAUUAAAAGAAGAAAGAUGUAGACAUACAAACUGACAAGUAUACUUUUGCCAAGUGUUGAUUCUUCCCUUUAGUUUGAAGUUUAGCAAGUAUUGCAUACUGAUAUGCAAUAUACAUAUACAAUGUAAGAACCAUAAAGACCACUUAAGAGUAGUGUGCACAAAUAAUAUGAAAAGUGGCUCAUUAGACUCUUGGAGAAACCAGCUGAAAAUCAUUACUUUAGCUGUAACACUCAAAAUCUUGAAACUCGUAUAUUUUUCCAUUAAAAAGUAUUCCUGAAAAAUUAUGUGUAUGUUUUUAAUUCAGUGAUAGGCACCCAAACAGAAAUGAAUCAAGUGGGAACUUGUUCUCAAAAGUGAUUUUUCCAGGCUGAGUAGAUACCAUCAGUUCUUCAUGUACUCACAAGAAACUAAAAUUAACCAGCACCAUUCUUAGAUGAGCCUUUUGCUUUCUGGGCAGAAAACCCAAGGUCACUGUAAGUAAAGUUAGUGACUUAAAAGUCCUGUGGAAGCUUCUGUAAUAUUCCGUUUUCCAGCUUUCACUGAAAGACUGUGCAAAACAGAAAAGAUAAAUUGAAACUCCUUAACCAUGUAGUCUUUCCCUUCACAUUACAUAUUUUUUCUGUGUUGGGAUAUAUUGAUGGGUUUGAUCCAGCCCAUGUUAGACUUUUGCAAGGCCAGAGAAAGUAAAAAGAACUUCUGCUAUAGUAUUUGGAUUGUUGAUGAUUGUAGUAGAGCAGAUUUUUUGUUUCAAGAAAGGAUGAGACUGCCUUCUUUGAAAAAGAAAAAAAAAAAGGCACCCACAAACAGCUGACACUUAGUAAGGAUUAGAAAGGAGAUUUUUAGGGAACUAUGUGGAAAAUAUUGUCAGGGUGAGUGAAAAGGAGCAUAUUUUUGAUGUGAGAGAUGUAAAUGCAAACAAUGUGCAUUAAAUAUGCAUUGAAACUGAUACUUUUUCACUGACUUUGCAAAGUUUAUAGGGUUUUAUGAAGAAAAGUAUCCAUGUAUGAAUUUAUUCAAACUACCACUUAAAUGUUCAUUUGCACUAAAGCAACCUGUACUGUUUGAAAGGAGAUGGGAAAACACAUCAUGUUAAACUUGUGAUUUACUUUGGUGUCUACAAGGAUGUGUUGCAAAGCUCUCAAGCUCACUGUCCAUUUUUGAGCAAGCCAAAUUCACAUUCAUACUGUUAGCUUUCUGCACCUUAAACCCAUCCACAUGCCUGAAAAAACCACAUUUUCUACUGUUUACAUGGAUUCUUGCUUGCAUGUUAAAGAUAGACAGAGGACUGUCUCUGUCACUGAAGGGAAAAUGAAUUUUCACAGACUGACAGAUUCCUUUGUACAAUUACUCCUAAAGGGUUUGAAAUCAAUGUUUAACGAUAUGGAGCCCUUCAUUUUAUUUCAUGUUUUACACAUACAUCAUGUUAUGCUAAUUCUCAUCUCUUUUAAAAAAAAGUAAAACCCCAGUUCUUUAAUGUUGGGAUCAAUUUUGAGUAGCCAGAUAAAGGAGGAAAAUCGUGAUGUGGUGGGAAGAGAAAAAGUGGGCAGAGAGUAGGAGAGCUGGCAAGUGAGUCUGACUACAUGGAAAAGUUACAUAUAAACAUAGGGGGAAGACUUUUUUCCAGUUGUUUUGUUUUCUCCUGUUAUAUAAGAUGAUAAAGCAAGACUCAUGAACGGGAUUUUGGUUCCAGAUACUUAGGCCAACUCAAGUUGUGAGUUCCAGUGCUCUUCUUCAUCAUAGCAACAGCUCUAUAUUUUAAAUUUUGCAUAAGCUUGAGCUUUUUCUGGGUAGAUAUAAAAAAAAGCCUUAUGAGACAGCUUGACAGCAGAUGAAGCUGUCCAGAGAGACAGUGCCUGUAGUUCAGCUGCAGACAUUGGAGAAUGUACAGCUCUGCUGCAGGAGAGCCACUAACAGUGUCUAUUAGUGUGCAGUGUUAUGCAUUAGAAGUUGACUCCUCCUGCAAAUUGAAAAUCGACAAUUACCUGUCAUUUAUAUCUGUAUCUGCUGGUGCUUCCACUACCACCAAAGUGCCUGUGAGCUAAAUUACUGCCUUGUCACUCUGCAGCUUCCAGUCUUGGCCAGCCAGUGAUUCGUACUCUAGAUUUUCCCUGCUUCUCAUUAGGAACAGGGAAGUGGUACAGUAGAAUAUGGCAAAACAUGUGCUACUUUCACACUUUUUGGUUCAAGUAAAGCAAUAGCUAGAAUAUAUUAAAUUGAACAUAAUGUUCAGCUGAUCAGCCAAAACAAUUUUGAAUUCAGAAGAUCAUUUACUAAGUACAGAUGAUCCCUGAAUAGCUGUCUGUGAUGCACAUUUUUACAAGAGCACACAAUAAUUCCCUAUUACACAGAAGGUGUAGAUGGAUACAAGUCUAGCUAUGCCAGCCUCCUACCACUAAGCCCACUUCCUCUUGCCUUGUCCAAGAUCACUAUUCCCAGGAAGAGGAUUCCUCCCAGCAUGAGGUGGAGCAACUGUGAAACAGUCCCCAUGCUGGUUAAAUAAAUGUUUUUCUAGCAAGACCAAAACCUGCCAUGAUUUCUUGCAGAGAUUUUUAUCUUUGAGUCCCUUUUAAGAAAGGUGGCUGUAACCAUGGCUUGUACCUACAACAAAAUGUACAUCAGAAAUUGGAUGCUGGCAAGAAGUUUGUGGAUGUGAGGCUGUAGAAGGUGGCUUAUGUAAGCUUAAGGGGGAUGUGCUUGUGUGAAAGUAUUGGUUGCCAUGCAUAUUUUGAACUGAAGUUACCUAUCAGAACAUGAUAGAAGGAUUGCAGCAUCAUGGGAUUAGAGGCCUUUUUUCUUUAGAUGUCUAGCAACCCUGUGGUAUUCCAGCUUUGUUUUGUUCUGAUUUAUUUCACCUUCUCACUGCCAUUGUCCUUUCUAUUGUGUGUAGUAAGUUGAAAAGAAAAGCAUUACCUUAUAGUUCACCAUCUCAAAAAGAGAGAAGGGCAGCACUGUCUGAAAAUUUUGAUCACUCUGUGGUGGUCAAUAUUAAGGGAAUCAUAAAAUAUACUGAGUUGGAUCAUUGAGUCCAACUCCAAGAAUCACACCGUGUGCCUAAGAGUGUUGUCAUCAACAUCUCUGUCUGAACCAGGCUUGGUGCUGUGACCACUUCCCUGGGGAGCCUGUUCCAGUGCCCAGUCACCCUCUGGGUGAAGAACCUUUUCCUGAUGUCCAACUUAAACCCUCCCUGACUCAGCUUCGAGUCGUGUCACUGGUCAUGAGAGUGAAGUUGUCUCUGUUUAGUUCCAACAAACAGAAUUCAACAUCCACAUCCACGGCAUCUGCCUUCCAUUAAGUGCUGUUAAAAACCUGUCAUUCUCCACAGUGUUCAAAAUCUCUUUGCCAGGAGAUUGAACUCACUUCCUACAACCCGCUUGGAGUCACAGCAAUGUGAGCAAAGUUUACAUUGUGAUGGUGCUUUUUGGUAAGAAGUGAGAGCCAGUUCCAGUUGACACAUGGACUGAAAGAGUCUCAAGGACUCUAAGCCAGUCACCAUUCAUAGGUAAGGGCAUUCAUGUGCUAGGGCAAGAAACACAUUUUAAAACACUUAAGAUAGGGAAAAUAUAGAGGUGCCAAUAGAAUCUGUUUUCUGCACAAUGCUGUAUCAUUUUGGCACUGAAACCAAGCCCACAGAUAAACAUUAAUUUGUUCCUUGUAGCCUUUAAUUUCCUUAUAUUUACAAGCAUUCAGAUUAAUGUAUUUAUGGUCCAUUUCAUUCCAGUUCAUUUAAGUGGUCUAUAUCUGCCCUUGAAUCUCAUGUGAAUUUUAUUGUUAAUAUAAUAUUUUGCUGCAUUACUUUGAACAGCUUUAAAAGUAUGUCUUUGAAUGCUCUAGUUAAAGGAAAAAUAUAUCCUCAAAAUGCUGUUGUUACAAGUUGGAACUGUAUACUUUGGAAAUGAUGUUUAUAUUAUAACUCCCAAAGGCAUCACAGGGUGCUUUCAUCUGUAUGUCUGUCUUCUGCUUUCUAUGUUACAGUGUGUAUUUGUACUUCCUCACUAGCUUGAUACACUUCAGUCUGAAGGCCUAAGUCUGCAAAGACAGGAAUACUGUACCUCAUCUGAGCAGUCCCACAGAGUAGAGAGGGCUUACUCAUGUGAGUAUAGUUGCUCACAAAAAGUAUUUGCAGAAAAAGGCUUUCCUUUAGUAACUGACUGUAAUUGUGAGGACACAUGGUUAAUAACAGCACCAAGACACCAGUAAAUGGGGUCUGUGUUUAUUGAAAAUGUGGACACAUUUAUCUUCAAGUUAUUUGACAUUAAUCUAAAUUAUUGCUAUUAUAAUGUAGUAUAAUAUUUUGUAUGAAAACACAUUAGUCCUGUGAAAGGGUAGUUGCAAAAAAAUGUGUUGAGUCUUGCUGCUUUAUUGUUUAUUUGCAUUUAGUAUACAUUUUGGUUGUUGAAGUGAAGCUAGAUUCUUAGAGAGGCAGGAAGAUAGAUCAGUCUGAAAAAAUCAUAAGCAUCAUACUGUGCAUUGAGUUUUGCAACCAGAGUAGUAUAUGUGUUCAGAUUUAGUAUUUUUUAUGCUUUAGAGCAUUUUUGUUUGUUUUAAUAUGUAAAGGAAUAACCAGAUUACUCAGAAAUGCUAUUGUAGAGCUAAUUUUACACAUAGUGGGGGGAUGUUGUCUGAAAAACUAAAAUUAGAAAACAUUACAUAGGCUGCCUUUGGCUUUAGCUUGUUUGUGGAUGGCCUGGCAGGUAUCUGUUGAUUCCAGAUGCUUAAGCCAGAGGUCAAGUUUGUGCAGCAUCUUGUAACUGAAGAAAGUUUUCUGCUGUGAUUAAGUUGCCCAUCUGGGCUUGAAGUAAGAUUGCUACCUAAACAAAAGCAUAAAGGCAGCAAAUUUAGGUGGUGGUUUGUUUUGGGUUUUUUUUUGUGCGUGGACAAUUGCAUGAAAUAGGGUUGGAAUUCAAAGUAUUUAAAAUCAUUUAGCAUGAUUUACUCUCAUUGUAAUUUCACUGACUACAGUUAAAUUAAACGAAGAAUUUGGCCUUGUAAGUCUGCAAAUUUCAGUGUUGGGCAGCUCAGGUAUAUAUAAAGAUACUUAAGCUUAGUAAAUCAGCAAGAAUACUAUGUAAGUUGUAAUGUGUGAUAAAAAUCUGAACUCUAGUUACAUUACUUCUCUAAAAAUUUCUAUCCAUUGCUUUUUUUAUAGAAAAGGUCAGAAUUGCACUUCUUAGUGGCAUUGGGAUAUGUGGAGAAAAGCAGGAUGCUGGUACAGAAAUGUAUCAGAAAUAAGAUUCAGUUCUUAUUGCUCCGUGUGUGCCUAUCUUACACAUGACAAAUCCCACUGAAGUUAAUUAACAGAAGUCAUAUAAAGUUAAGCCUGUUUGUAACUCUCACAAGAUACUGGUUUAAGAAUCUUCAAGAUACGUUAUGUUCUCAAAAGGCAUUAUUAAACUCGUGGUUUCAGGUUUACAGAAUACUUUGAACAGUGACGACAGCUUCUGAGACACAUCCGGAGUAACUUUAUUAAUUGAUAUUACACCAGACCAACAUCUGUUAGCAAAUCAAAAUCUCUCUCAGUACCUUCAUUUCUCAGUAUAAUUUCACAAAAAAACCAAAACAAAUAAACCAAAAUUAACAACACAACCAACAAAAACAAAAAACCCUCCCCCUCCAAAAAAAAAAAACCCGGCCUCUAUGCUGUUAGGAUUAUUUUUUUCUCUCUUUUUUUCACCACUUUUGUCAUAAAAUAUCAUUUGCUCUGGAGUUGUCUAGGAUUCCAUAAUUCAAGGAAAGCAUGCAAAGCGGUUUGCAAUACAUUUCUUCAUUCACCUUAGGGCAUAUAUUCAGCUGGUGAAAAUCAGCAUAGUCCUGUUGACUAAUAAGGCAUUGUAUCAGUCUAUACCAGUGCAACAGUUAGCAUGUCAGGUUUUAGUAUUUCAGGUCACUUUACCUACAUAUGCAGUAGGAUUCUGUUUUGCAAGAUGGAAAAUUACUUAACAGUGCAAACUGUACUACCUAGACUACCAUUGAUACCUAUUCACAGGACAUGAUUUCACUGUAUCAUUUCAUACUUGAAAUUCAUGAUGUUCUUUUAAUCAGGGUACAAACAUGAAAAGGUGCGUGUGUUACUGUUUCUUUUAAAGGUGCAUCAUUUUGUUUUUUAUUCUGUGUGCUUAAUAGUUACUAGUCAGUGUUCUUUACAUUCUUUGCAUUCAGCAUUAAAAUCAUCUAUGUGUAAAAUACAGUAUCGCCUGCAGAGGUACAGAAAAAUGUAACAGCAAUUUCUUGAAUUGUUACUCAAAUGUACUGGUUUACCUUUUAGUCAUCAAUAUGACAUCAAGGGGCUGCAGCAUGUGAACUGUGGUAUGUAGAAGUCUUGCACCAUUGCUGUACAGGAAAUCUUGCAGACUCUCUCCUCUUCUUGCACAGCUGCUGAUUACCAUAUACACAUUGGGAAAAAGUAUGUUUCUGCUGUACAGAAUGGUUGGGAAGUAACAGACACUCUAGAGCUCCCUUUGCAAGCUUUCAAACAAAGCCCUUUGAUCUAACUGCAUGCCUGCUCUGUGUCCCAAAUUUCACCCUAUGGGGCUUUCUGCUUUAAGAACACCCUCAGCUGGGGCUACUUUACGUUGACUGCAUUGAAGUUCAUCGGAGCAUGCACCUUACCGUAUUAACAUAUUCUUUAGCUUUUACAGGUUUGUAAAGAUGGUUGACUGCAAAACUAAUGUGUCAAUACAGCAGAAUUAAAUUAAGGCACACUGAAAGUUAUCAAUAAUGUAUUAUAUCAGAAUUACAGUCCUUUGGAACUGAACGUUUUGCUGCUGGCAGUGCAAGAAAAGCAAAGUUGUGUAUUUAUUGUUGGGUGCUGAGGGUUCAGUAUGAAAAUCAAUAUAAUAAAAAUUUUCACAGUGUCUAGUUCUCUUUAGUUCCCAAAUUACUGAAAAGUAAAAAGGCAAAAAAUUAGUUUUGUAUUUAAAACUGCUUCACCCUUCUAGUUAUAUUUUUCUUUUAUCUAAAAGUGUAAAAUGAAUAAAAAUGCAGUAAGUAUUGUAUAUUAAAUACAGAAAAUUAGCAACAUUGA